AAUAUAAAGCAAGACAUACCAAACUUCUGUUUAUCAUUCUGCCGUUAUGAGGACUGAGGUAGCUGCUGCUCUUCUCCUGGGGUUCUGUGCUGUGGCUGUGUCUGGUGAUGAAAACAGAACAGGCAAACGGGACACUCGGGAGGUCAAGGUGGCUCUCCCUGACCCGGUGGACUGUGUCUGGAGCCGCUGGUCUGAGUGGACCCCCUGUAACAGCUGCACCAAGAUACGGCACCGUUCUCGGAGUGUGGAGGUGUUCGGCCAAUUUAGUGGGAAGCCCUGUCAAGGACAGCCAAUAGGAGAGCAGCAGGCGUGCACUAGUGAAGCUGUGUGUGAACAGGCCCUGCCCUCUGAGUGCUCCAGCACUGAGUUCACUUGUGAAUCAGGUGCAUGUAUUAAGAUGAGACUGUCGUGUAACGGAGACUAUGACUGCGAGGACGGGUCAGACGAGGACUGUGAGCCCAUACGUAAGCCCUGUGGCACAAAGUUGUACAACACCAACGAACAGGGCAGGACUGCAGGAUACGGAAUCAACAUCUUGGGCAUGGAGCCCCGUAUAAACCCCUUCAACAACGACUACUUCAAUGGGAUGUGCAACAAGGUGAAGAAUACCAAUAACAACGAGUACAACAGGCUGCCUUGGAACGUGGGCUUGCUCAACUAUGAGACUAUAGCAGAGGAGACCGUUUCCAAAGAGAUCUAUGAGGACACAUACACCCUCCUGAGGGAACUGAUGACUGAGACCAAGUUGACUGUGAGCGCUGGGUUGAACUUAAAAUUCACCCCGACAGAAAAGUCUAUGGCCAAGUCCAAUACGACUGUGUCAGGAGGGGUUGGGUUGGAUGCUGAGUAUGACAGGACACAGAUGAUCAAGGAAGUCUCGGAGUACACUACCAUCAAGAACAAGAGUUUCAUGCGCGUGAACGGCCAUGUGCAGCUGAGCACCUAUAGGAUGCGUUCCCGGGACCUUCAGGUGGCUGGGGAGUUUUUAGAGCAUGUCAAGUCUCUACCUCUGGAGUACGAGAAAGGACAGUACUUCAGCUUUCUUGAGGACUAUGGGACUCACUACACCAGGAAUGGGAAGUCUGGAGGAGAGUACCAGCUGGUCUACGUUCUCAACCAGGACACCAUCAAGGACAAAAAGCUGACUGAGAGAAAGCUCCAGGACUGCAUUAAAGUUGGAAUCUCAGCAAACUUUGACACCAACAUCGGGAUUGGAGGAGAUGCCCACAUCAGGCCCGGACACUGUAAAGACGCUGUGAAUAAAAACACAGCUGAGAAGGAGGGCAAGGCGCUGGUGGAUAAGGUGAUAACUGUAGUCAGGGGCGGAACCCUAGAGGCCGCUGUCGCCAUGAGAACCCAGAUAACAAAGGAGGGGCUAAUGGACGUGAAGACCUAUCAGAACUGGGCCAGGACAGUGGGCGAUGCCCCUGCACUCCUCAGCAGUGAGCCAGAACCCAUUCAGACCCUGAUCCCACUGAGUAUGCCUGAUGCGAACACCAGGAGGCUUAACAUGCAGAGAGCCACUCAGGAGUACGAGGCUGAGUACAGUGUGUGCAAGUGUAAGCCCUGUCACAACGGGGGCUCUCUGGCCCUGCUGGACGGGAAGUGCCUGUGUCUCUGUCUGCCCCAGUUUGAAGGUCUGGCCUGCCAGGAUGCCAAGGCUGAUAACAAUAAGAAUACUAAAACCCCCGUGGAGAAGGUUCCUCAGGAGGGGAACUGGUCGUGUUGGGGAGCCUGGUCAGGCUGCAGUGGAGGAAAACGUAUCAGGACCCGCAGCUGUAACACACAGGGCCUUUCUGAUGCCACCUGCAGGGGAGACAUAGUCACUGAAGACUACUGCUGAGCACACUCAUACAGAACACUAUGAUGACACCGCAUAACUAACGGAACCCCAUACAUGUAGACAAAGAGGAGUUAAUGCAUCUUAUACACAUGUUCGCUCACUCACUCACACUCAUACACACACGCACGCGCCAGCCACACACACACACACACACCUAUGUCAUUUUUUUAAUAUUAAAAACUGUAUCAACAUAUUCCUUGAAGUAGGCCUAGUUCUGUUUUACAAAUCAACAUUGCCAAUAAAGUUUGACCUUUUAUUGAGAGUU